AUUUUUUUUUACGAAAUUCAAUCAUUUUUCUGAACAAAGUUGUUGUUGUUGUUUGUUUCUGUCUUGAACUCUAUUUUCUAGAUUCUACAGAAUUUUCGAGAUUAUGAAUUAUAUUCUGUUUAUAAUUUUUGGCUUUUUAGCCAUCAAUAUUGAUUGUCAAUCAUCAUCAACAUCAACAACAUUAACAUCAUUUCGUUUAAGAAGACGUUGUCCAACAAUAUUUCCAACAUAUACACAAUUAAUGAAUUCGAAUUCAAUUGUAUUGAUUGGUAUUGUUGAACAAAUACGUCCAUUAGAUAAUAUUGAUUAUGAUGAAUCAUCAUUAAAUAGACAACAACAACAACAACAAUCAAUACGACAACAACAACAGCAACAAUCAUCAAAUUAUAUUGCAAAUGUUCUGGUACGUCGUGUAUUACAUGGACAAAGAUCAUUACAACAUCAACGUAUACAGGUAACUGGAUUUAAUCCAAUUGAAUCAAAAACAUCAUCAGGUUCAUCAUGGUGUUAUCCAAAUACUCGACAAGGUGAUUCAUGGAUAUUUGUUCUACAACCAAUAAAUUAUCCUGAUUAUUUUCGUUUAAAUUCAUCAUUAAUACGUAUAACAUUAACAAAUAUUGAACGUUUUGAUUCAAUUAUUGCUGAUCAACCAUAUGGUUUACGUCCGGAUUUUCCUGAAUUACCAUGCGAAAGAAAAUAUUGUCCAAACAAUGGUAAUUGUAUAAAUGAUCAAUAUAGUUCAGAUGGUGGCCGUUGUGAAUGUAUACAACAUUGUAAUCAAAUCAAAUAUCAACCAAUUUGUGGUUCAGAUGAUGAAACAUAUAAUAAUGAAUGUGAAUUACGUUUACGUUCAUGUCGUUCGAAUAAAAAUUUAUUUGUAAAAUCAAUAAAUUCCUGUUAUUAUUAUCGUCCGAAUUCAAUAACAUCAUCAUCAUCUUCGUCAUCAUAUCGAACAAUUCCAUCGAUACAGAAUCGAUAUCAAACACAUCGAACAACAACAACAACAACAACAACAUCGAAUAAUAUUGAACCAUUAUCAUCAGCAGCAUCAAAUGAUCGUUAUCAUCAUACAAUCAUGACAAAUCAACGUUCAUAUUCAUAUUGAUAAUGUUUUUUUUUUGUUUUUUUGAGAAAAAAAAAUUUCUUUAUUUCAAUUGUUUAAUCAGAACAAAAAAAUCAAUACAAAAUCAAUACAUAUAAGAUUUACUUCCUUAAAAUAUCUUUUAUAAUCUCUAAUCUACUACUUUGA